CAAAGAAAAAAAAAAGUGUGAUGUUGGAUCAGAAGAAGGUGAGAAAGCUAUAAAUGCAUUGUUAACUGUUGGUCUCGUAUUGUUUGCUUCCUUCCUUCCACCACCUUCUUUCAACGACAACCCGUGACCCUUCAAACAUCAUCUUCUUCCAAUCGAACUGCUUCAGCAAUGGACUUCUACACAUACCCAUCUCCUCCUUCAUCUUCACCAGAUUCAUCAUCAUUUUCAUUCCACAAUUUGCUUCUUAAACUCAAACAUUUCUUCACCUCUGCACUUUCUGCCAUUCUUGGGAACAUCUUCUCUGCUAUUUUCACCUUCUUCUUCGCAUUAGUGGGUACUUUAUUAGGAGCUUUAACAGGGGCUUUGAUCGGUCAGGAAACAGAGAGUGGGUUUGUUAGGGGUGCUGCAAUUGGAGCCAUUUCAGGUGCGGUUUUUUCCAUUGAAGUUUUCGAAUCUUCGCUUCUUCUGUUGAAGUCUGAAGAAUCUGGGAUCGGAUGUCUUCUAUACUUGAUUGAUGUUAUCGUAAGCUUGUUAAGUGGAAGGCUUGUUCGCGAACGAAUUGGUCCAGCUAUGUUGAGCGCGGUACAAAGCCAGAUGGGUGCGGUUGAAACAAGCUUUGAUGAGGUUCAUAACAUAUUUGACAUUGGUGGUUCUAAAGGUUUGCCUGAAUAUUUCGUUGAAAAGAUACCGAAAAUCACUGUUACAAGUGACAAUAAUUUGGAUGAUUCUGGCGAGAGAGUAUCGUGUUCUGUGUGUCUACAGGUAAUAAAUUAUCUGAUUCUGAUUACUACAACUUCAAAACACAUUUCAUAUCUAAAUAUUUGUUUUCAGGAUUUUCAACUCGAAGAAACUGUUAGAAGUUUGCCACAAUGUCAUCACAUGUUUCACCUACCCUGCAUCGAUAAGUGGCUUAUAAGGCACGGAUCUUGUCCCUUAUGCAGGCGCGACCUCUAAAGACUUACUUUUUUUUUUCUGUAAAUCCCGAAACGAACCAUUUUUCGUGUUCUGACACAUAGAUCUUUCUUAUUUGUCGAUAUACUCUACUACCUUUUGUUUGGUAUGAGAAAGUAUGUGUAGUGAGGGUAUACAAUAUAUGUAUCGUGAUACAUUUAAGUGUCUAUUAGGUACAUAAAAACUUUAACAUCUGUACCCUUUAUUCUAAUAUAUUUUGUUUAUUA